AUGCCUCCGAAGAAGAAUCCCGCUUCCGAUGAUGAGGGCACUGUUCCAAGCUUCACGGAGAACGAGGCCCUCUUCGUCAAGGCCAUCUUCGAUUGCAUGAACUCGCGUCCUGAUGUCGACUUCAACAAAGUUGCGACCACCAUGGGCCUGGCCAACGCCAAGUCCGCCAGGGACAAGUUCCGAGUCAUCUCGAAGAAGCAUGGCUGGUCGUCCACCGAUGGUUCUGGUGGCGCAGCCUCCAACCAGGCAAAGGGCGCUCUCGGUGUCAAGAACGCUACCAAGGUCAAAAAGGCUCCUGUAAAAAAAAAGGGCACCGCUCAGCGGAAGAAGAAUACUAAGAAGCAGGAGUCUUCCGAGUCCGAUAACGACGAGGAUGUUUCGGCAAAGCUCGAGUCCGACUCUGAUGGCCAGAAGGCUGCCAAAGACGAGCUUAUGGAGAACUCCAGCAACAGCGACUAG